AUGGCUUUGCUGUGGCUGCUGAUCCUGCUGGCCCUGGCCGGGCCCGUGGAGGGCACCUGGGACACCUGCAGAGGCACGUGUGGGCUCUGGCCCAUGGUUUUGAACGAGACCUUGGUGAUUCCCGAGUACGGAACCUCGCACUCUGCCAAGGGCACAACCCUCGAUGUCAACCAGGGGGCCUGGCCUGGCAUCGCCAGCAUCCAGGUCACCCUGGAGAAUGGCACGUGGCACAUGUGCUCGGGGGCACUCAUCGGCCAUCGCUGGGUCCUCACAGCCGCCAGCUGCUUCGUCGGGGCCGGGAAUGUCCUCAACUGGAAGGUGGUGGUUGGGGCCACAGAUCUGGCUCAGCCAGGCCCCGCGGCUGAGGUGUUCCAGAUCAAGCAGCUCCUGAAGCACCAGAACUACGACCCGGUCACGGCCAUGAACAACAUUGCCCUGCUGGAGCUGGACCAGCCCGUGGAGUGCAGUGACUACAUCCAGCUGGCCUGUGUGCCCGACAGCUCCCUGGCAGUGUCCGAGCUGAAAACCUGCUACAUCGCGGGCUGGAGGAACACCCCGGACAGCGCCCCCAGCCCACGCCUGGUGCUGCAGGAGGCCAAGGUGCGGCUCAUCGACGUCCAGCUGUGCAACAGCAGCCGCUGGUACGGGGGGGCCGUGCACCCCCAGGACCUGUGCGUGGGGUACCCGCGGGGCGGCAUCGACACCUGCCAGGGGGACAUCGGGGGUCCCCUGGUCUGCAAGGACAACGUUCAGGAGAACUUUUGGCUGGUGGGCCUGGCCAGCUGGGGCAGGGGCUGUACCAGGGCCAGGAGGCCUGGCAUCUUCACCUCCACCCAGCACUUCCACUCCUGGAUCCAUGCCCACGCCGGACUGCAGCCACCAGAACCCAGGCCACCAGAACCAAGGCCAACACAACCGAGGCCACUGGUACCGGAGCCAGAACCAGAACCGGAACCAGAACCGGAGCCAGAACCUGAACCAGAACCUGAGCCAGAACCGGAGCCAGAACCGGAGCCAGAACCGGAGCCAGAACCGGACAUGGACAUUUCCUUCCCAAAACACACCCUGAAACGAUUCCUCAGGAAGCUGCAGGAGGUGCUGGAGCUCCUGAAGCACAGGACAGGGUGA